UAUUCAUAAUUUCCACGCGCUUCACUAAAUCAUUCUUCCUGAAUAAGGACUGAACGUGACGAACCUCGACAUAGGUCGUCCAGCACUACUUCACUGGAAUAAAACAUAAUUCGUUCAAUCUUCGUUAAAAAACAAAACAAAAAAACGUUAAAAGCGUCUCGGCCUAUCUCAGUUUAGAUUAGUUUAGUUUAGUUUAGAUUAGCCGCUACCGAGGAGACGCUUUUAGCGCGAUCAACACAUCGCUGAGCAGAGAUAAAGUGUGAAAAUGUGUGCAAGAAGGACAGCAGAGUACGAGGAGGAAUUUAGUAGGGGGCUAAAAGGGCGACAAAGUCAACUACUGGACGCCGUUUUCAAGAAGCCUCGAGUUGGGUCGCACACAGCAGACAUAAGUGAUGUUCAUCCUGAGCCGCAGGAGCCAGAGCCCCCUCCCAUUAAAGAGGAAUUGGAGGAUGAAGGGUUCUCCCACAUCAAAGAGGUGGAGGAGACACAGCCCAUUCACAUUAAAAAAGAGGAGGAGGAGCCAGAGCUCCCCUACAUCAAAGAGAAGGAGGAGGAUAUUACCAAGUUGCCAUCGACUGGUGUUCCUUUUAAGAGAGAAGAUGAAGACGAAGGUCAAAGUGAUGAGAGCAGACGGGCGGAACCUCCAAGUAGCAGCUCAAGUCAAAACAUGACAACAAAAUGUGAUGGAGACUACCGUGGAUCAUCCCAAGCAGACGAUUUCAUAGCUCCACUAUCAGAUAGUGAUGACACAACGUCACAUUCUCCUCAUACUGAUGGUGAGCUGUCUGAGGGUCACACUGACAAUAAACAUUGGAAAUGUUUUCAGUGUGGGAAAACGUUUGGCUUCAAGUCUCUUUUGAAAAGACAUCUGAUGAGCCACUCUGGAGAGAAGCCGUAUGCCUGCUCAGAUUGUGGAAAAAGAUUCACUCAGAAGGGAGACUUAAAAACACACACAAGAAAACACACUGGUGAGAAACCUUUUGCCUGCUCAGUUUGCGGUAAAACAUUCUCUCAAAAGGGACAUUUGACAACACACGCAAGAACACACACUGGUGAAAAACCUUUUUCCUGCUCAGAUUGUGGUAAAAGAUACACUGACAAGGGAUACUUAAAAACACAUGCAAGAAAACACACUGGUGAGAAACCUUUUGUCUGCUCAGUUUGUGGUCAACGGUUCUCUCAAAGGAGUCAUUUGACAACACACACAAGAACCCACACUGGUGAGAGACCUUUUGCCUGCUCAGAUUGUGGGCAAAGAUUCUCUAAAAAGGGAAAAUUAAAAACACACUCAAGGACGCACUGGUGAGAAACCAUUUUCCUGCUCAGUUUGUGGUCAAAGAUUCAUUGAAAAGGGAAGCGUAAACAAACACACAAGAUUCCACACUGGUGAGAAACCUUUUUCCUGCUCAAUUUGUGGUCAAACAUUCUCUCGUAAGGAUCGGGCGACGAGUGUGCUUGUGUGAAUAGCAGCGAUCAAGAAGCUUUAAAUGAAAAUAUUUCAUGUCAAAAGUAUGCUACUAAUUUACAAAAAUCGACAUUAUUGUAUGAUUGUCGCUAACAUCUUCUAUUUUAUCUUUCUUCGUGUAGUCUUUGUAUCUUGUUACAAGGCUUCUUUGGGCAAGUGUUUAAGAUAUAUUUAUUAAGAAGAAGAAAUGUGAAAUGUCGGCCAACAAGGAGAUGUCUGUGACUCAGUGGUCCAGCUCUUAAAUUAAAAGUUAGCAUUUCGGUACACUAUGUUGUGUCAUAAAGUCUAAUCGGGGUCCUGAGGAAAGACUGAAAUUUGUUUCCUACUGUAUAUUAACUUGCUUGCUAGCUAUUGUCAUCAUAAAGUAAACAAAGCCACCCAUUGCUUUGCACAUACCUAUUUAUCAAUAUUGUUGAUGCUAUAGCCUCUUAAAGGUUUUGGCGGGCCUCAGGAUUUCAAAUUGGGUUCCGGACUGGCACCUUUUGGGAAUGACUGGGUUAGUGUUUGAUUCAAAACAUGUUAGAAAAUAGGCAAAAAUGACGAUCACUUGUCCAUGAGUCCAAGUCUUGUUUUGUUUUGCACGAAGGUAAUUUGUUUGCUUUCACGGAGGACUUCAAGAAAUCAGAAUGUAAUCCAAUUGCACUGAAAAUCUGAGGUUUUGGACUUUUUAAAAUUAUAUUUAAAAAAAAAAAUGCCUCCAUUCAUCUUCACUUCCUUCCCAUUUGGUGUCAUCAUUGGACAUUUAAUUAUAUGGCCAGUUCUGAUUUAAUGUCAUUGUAUUCUAACUCAAUAGAAGUUGUGAAAUGUUCAUUAAUGCGUUUUCCUUUUAGGAUAAUGGUUUGGUAAAUUUAGUCGAGAUCAGGAGUUUUAUGAAUGUAUUGUUGAGAUAUUUAUAGUACCUGUAGAAGGUGCUUAAUUCAUAUGUCUCACUUUAGAGUGUAAAAAACAAAAUCUAUAUAAUUACAAAGUAAUUCAAGGCAGAGAAGCAAUGCUAUGCUGCGGAUGGAGAAUGUGAGGUGGACCACAUUCUAACAUCAAUUUCUCAACAGUGUUUAGCUGAAAACAAAAACAGUUUUUGAGAAUAAUUCCAUUCACGUCUACGGAGCUCCAGACAUGACAUGUGAAUGUUAUUGUCACAAAAUGCUCAUAUGUGACCACAAAAUGUUGAUUUUUUUUUUGCACAAAAGACUAACUUGUGGGUUUAUUGUCAUUCCCAUCAACGACUAAGCAAAUGGUGCGCACGUUUGCUAGAAACUGCAAUUCCUGGUGUCUUUUCUUAUUCUGUUUUCAUAAAACAGCCUGCAAUGCUCUGCUGAGGCGUUACAAAGUCUUGUUCCACGUGCCCCCUUUUUACCUUUGAGCACCACUCUGUACACCCCUGCAUGGUAGGUUAGUUAAAGACUCUAAAUUGUCCGUAGGUGUGAUUGUGAGUGUGAAUUGUUGUCUAUGUGUGCCCUGCAAUUGGCUGGCGACCAGUUCAGGGUGUACCACGCCGCUCGCCAAGGGUCAGCUGGGAUACGCGUCAGUACAGUAUACAGUGUAUCACCGGACAGCGGGUGCUAAGUUUGCACUGAAAUGCAACUGUAUGGAACCAGUGCUGGAUCCAUACAGUUUAAAACGACUUUAUUGAUGUUCAUUAAUUGUCGUUCAUUGUAAUUUUUUCUUGCUUUUGCUGGAGAUCUGUCAAUAAAGUUUCUUAACCAGAA